CCCGGCUCUAAGGACUCACCCCUCUCCCCCAGGUACCCUCACUGCCUGCACAUGCUGGAGCUGCUGCAGUACGAGCACUUCAGGAAGGAGCUGGUGAACGCUCAGUGCACCAAGUUCAUCGACGAGCAGCAGCUGCUCCACUGGCAGCAUUACAGCAGGAAGCGCUCCAGACUGCAGCAGGCGCUCGCUGAGCAGCAGCAGCAUGUAGCCACGCAUGCUAACACGUCCGCGAAGUGAGGAGGAGGAGGAGGAGGAGGAGAUAGUGGGACAAUACUAUUCUUUUGUUGGGCUUUUUGCCGAUUCAUGUACUUCUUUUUACAUUCACUGAAAAUAAAACAAAGCAAAUAAACACGUCUUGGAUCCAGAAGCAGAUUGUCUUUAUUUUUGUUUCAUAAAAUGUGUGUUUUUAUAUCCACAUUGUUUCUGAAGCUGCGACGUGUUUCUCCUGAUGAAAGAGGUUUGAAGAGUGUUGGCACCCGUAGGCCACCGUACUUUAGUAAAUGCAAAAAGACCCGUGAAAAAAACGCAUUUGAAAACAGAAGAAAAAAGACAUUACACGAAGAGACCGUGGAGGAGAGGACAAUAUUUAAAUUUCAUUUUUUGCUCCAACAUGUAAUUCUGUUUUCAUUCACUGAAAAUAAAACAAAGCAAAUAAACACGUCUUUAAUCCA